AUGUCAGGCCAUGAAAAGAAAUAUAUCAUUCCUCGUCCGCGGAACUGGUACAAUUUUUGCGUGGCUCUCUUCGUUGCGUUCGGCAGUCUCUCCUAUGGCUACGCAUCUUCUAUCUCAGCCGCCGUCAUAGGUACCCCAGCAUGGUAUGGCUACAUGGGCUUAGAACAAGGCUCAUCGUACACAACGUCCAUUAUCGGUGUCAUCAACUGUAUAUACUCCAUUGGAGGAAUGCUAGGAUGCGUGUACAAUAUGUGGAGCGCUGAGUUCUUUGGCCGAAAGCGCUCUAUCCAGAUGGCGUGUGUGAUGGCAAUUAUUGGAGCUGGCCUCAUGACCGGCUCAGUCAAUGUAGCCAUGUUUUGUGUUGCCCGUGUGAUCAUGGGAUUUGCCAUCGGCAUUCUCGUCACGCUCGUCCCGCUUUAUCAAUCCGAGGUGUCUCCUGCAGAGUCUCGCGGUCUGAUGGUGGGCUUACAUGGGGUUCUGAUCGGCUUCUCGUACAGUCUGACGGGAUUUGUCAGCUACGGAUGCUCAUUCUCCUCGAAUGGCGCUUUCCAAUGGCGCUUUCCACUCGCGGUUCAAGCUCUGUGGCCUCUGGUCUUGUUCGUUGGCAUGUUCUUCCUUCCCUAUUCACCCAGGUGGCUACUCGCGCAAGGCCGUUCGGCCGAAGCCUGGGAGACCACGAAGAGGCUGCACGCGAACAAGAAUGACCCGAAUGACGACUAUGCGCGGCACGAAUUUAGGCAGAUGACGGAGCAAAUCAAAUGGGAGAGGGAGCACCAUGCUGUUGGAGCUUUGGCGCAGGCCAAGCUAGCGUUUUCAAGAAAAAGUUUUCAGAAGAGACUCGCCCUAGGCUUCCUAGUUCAGGCAGGGAAUCAAUUUUGUGGGCCGCUUGUGAUAAACAACUACCAGACGACGUUCUACAAUGGCCUAGGAAUUACUGGUCGACUCCCCCUGCUUCUCGUAGGAUGCUUCAACUUCGUUACGGUUCCUGGUAAUCUGACCAACGGCCUUCUCGUCGACUACAUCGGCCGCAGGAAGUUCAUCCUCACCGGUUGCAUAAGCCUGUGUAUCGUGCUCUGCGUUGAAACCGCGCUGACGGCUCGAUUCGCCGACACAAAUUCAGACAAUAAGGUCGGUCUCGGCUUUGGAGUGGCUUUCAUCUUCCUCUUUCCCGUCUUCUACAGUCUGUGCCUCGAUGCUACCAUGUAUCUAUAUCCCUCGGAGAUCUUCCCAAUGAUCAUCCGGUCUUUCGGCAUAAGUUUCUCUAUCUCGGGUCAGUGGAUUGCUUCCACAAUCCUUCUUGGAGCGGCUCCUACGGCAUUUGAGAAAUGCGGGUACAAGUUUUGGUUUUUGUUCAUUUUCAGCUGCGUGGUGUAUGGAGUUCUAGUGUAUUUCUUCCUCCCAGAAACUAAAGGCAAAACUCUCGAGGAGAUAUCCUUGGUCUUUGGUGAUCCCGUUGGAAUGACCGACCUGGGACCGCCUCUGGACAAUAAAAGUCGGGAUGAGGAGAUCGUGAAGACUGGUCCAGAGAAGAUAGAGGCAAAGCAUGAGUAAAAUCUUCUUCGAAAAAGUCAUGGAAAAGAAGACAUAAAGAGUCUAUCGGAUCCUACAGCUCUACCACAUGUGGAGUCACGGACAUAAAGAAACGCGGCAAGGACAGUUAAACAACGUAAGACAUAGAUUAGCAAAAAAGGGAAGUCAGAGAUGUAGGAGAUUUGGCGCGUAAUAAAUCAAUUAAAAUUCC